CACCACGUUUGGACUGAAAUCCGUAAUAUCUAGGACCGUACGGGUCCGGGGUUUUCUCUUCGGAUGAGAGCACCGGUCGAGUAUUGGUACUACAAGUAAGAAUCAAGAGACGGCGAUUUACAUAAAAAGACGCUCGUUUUUCAAUAUGAUUGGCGGCAACCAGGAUCGAACACGGCCAUCUCAUAUGGGCUUGGGCAGUCGAGGGGUUGGCUUCAAAUGUGUUGGACUGAGCAAUAUCACAAAAUUGUUUGCUUGACCGGACAUAUCGAUCCGAUGACCCUGCCGUGAUGGCACAACGUUGGGCGCCAGCCGUCGAGCGUCUGUACUCCGGUGUAGAUAUACGUCCAAUGGACUACUUUUCAGCCCUUGCUAGGGCACAAAGGUACCAAGUUUCAUGGAAACCUCCAUUACCAUCGGAGACGUCACUAUAUAAGCUUUUACCCUUCACGCCAGACCUGAAAAUACGAGUAUGGGACCCCAAAGUCUCGCAAGCAAGCUGGAACUCGACAAGUCUGUACGGACUCGAUUUCGUGGGCCUCGACGGCAAACCCCAGCACGUCGGAAACAUGGUUCAAGCAAUAAUUGGUAGGAGGGUCCUUGCUGGGCCAGAAGUAGAGGGGGAUGUGUUGGUCGCAAUCGACGAUAUCGGCCUUCCGUCGCAGGCUCCAGAGAUAUUUGGGAUCUGCGCCAAAAUGCCAUAUGACCUUUGGCACAAAGGACACUUUGUAGGGUCUUAUACGUUCACGUUUGACUUGCUCGAGUAGCGUCAUGAUGAUGGAAGACUGGAAACGCCUUCGGGAAGGAAUAUGAUCAACAUACCACCAACAGCUCUAAAUCUCAAGAUAAGGUUCUCGGUAAAUGUAUUGGCAUUGACAUCAGAACCUGCAACAGAGUUGAAUAGUAGGCCGCCGCAUCGUUGAAGUCCAAUCCAUUAUAAGCCAACAUUGACUAAAGACCUGCACAACGCCCACAGGGAUCCUCGAAGAUUAUAACACAACUUGUAGAAAAUAUUUACCAGCAUGUGCGAACCGUGUUGCAGACGUCGAUGCGAAUGAGGUUUGGCUGUCCUGCAGUAAUACCUCAGGUUGCCCAAACCUCUACUGAUAGAUUGGAGCACCGAAAAUUCCAGCCAAAGUGAAGCCCUGGCAUGGGAGCAGAGGAUGCGGCAAGUCGCGUUCGUCAC